AAUUUUAGGUGAAGAGCUUCUUUCAGACUCCUUCCCCUACAAGGAACUAUUGAAUGGGUUCCUAUGAGAAGUUGAAGAAAAGUUAUGGAUAAUGAAAACAAUGCUCCUUCGUUAUUAAAGUCGAUUGAGGACUAUGAUCCUAUAUUUUUCGAAUUGUUCGUCGACCAAAAACAGUUAUGGAUCAUGAAAACAACGCUCCUUCGUUGUUAAAGUUGAUUAAGAACUAUGAUCCUAUAUUUUUGGAAAUACCAUAUGAUUUUGCAACCUUAUUGUGGGGAGAACAACUUCCAUAUGUCAAUGUCUUAAAAUUAGUGAUGAUGAUUUAUCUUAUGGAUCCUAAAAACAACUCUCAUUCGUUGUUAAAGUUAAUUGAGGAAUAUGAUCCUAUAUUUUUGGUGUUUAUUUUGGAUGGUCCGGAGUUUUUGGCUGCAACUAUGUUGGACAGAGAUAUGCUUGCUAUUGCUGUAAAUUGGUACCAUGUCGGUUGGUUUUGCUUGGUAAGAUUUGUGACGAUGCGUCGGACAAACAACAUUGGGAAAAUAUACAGCCUUGAGCCUUGAUGACCAAUGUAUAUCUCUAUUUGAGGAAUUCUCCAAAGAUCCAGAGCCGAUUGUUUCAUAGAGCUAUGAAGUUGCGUUAAACAUACUGGAUUUUGAAUGAUCCGACAAACCAUUCGAGGUACUUGGAAGAUUAAGUCUCUUAUCUGGGUGGUUGUUACAGGUUUAGGAUGUUAAAUGAUUUUGGAUGUACUCUGCGAUGUCGAUGAUGCAGAGAUGUUGGUGAAGCUUAGGUUAACAACUUCAUGUGUAUAUUUUAAUGAAUAAAGUUUUUGUUGUUUAUAUUUUCUAAUUUAAACUUUUAAUUAACUUCUAAAUUUAAUUAAAUGAGUUUGUUUUGCAGGUUCGAACAACUUC